UCGAAGAGCUAACCGCGGUUAGCGUUGGCCAAAGUCCCUAGUAGGUACCGAAAGUACCUAGUUGUACCUACGUUGUACCUACUACGAAACUUUAAUGGCUGGACAUAAAACAAAUCCGUCCUUUAUUAUUGGGCUGGAGCCUGCGCCACCUUGUGCUGAAAAAAAUAAAUCGUUAUUUUUUUAUGAUACAACGUUUGCUUUAUGGGAACCGUUUUCGGCUAAAUCUAGUUGUAACUUGCAAGAAACGUUUGCUCAGUUGAAAAGAAAAAGGAUAGUUUCUUUUUUGCAUCGAAAUUCUUUCUUUCGAAGUGUGGAAGCGUAGACAAGACACCUAGUCAAAGUGCUUUGCAGUUUUCUGUUGUCGUGUUUUGCAAAAAGCAAGUGCGUCGACCGUCGCUUCCAAGUCUGGCAACGCCGUGUGUGCCGUGUCGCGUGCACGGCGUUUGUUUAUACAACCAGUUUCGCCUCGUUGCACGCAACGCGCGUUUCUCGUUUUCGGUUAUCAUCUGAGUUUUCCUGUCUGUAUUCUGCCCUUCGACCGACCGACCCACCGACAAACCCUCCGACCGGCCACGGACUGACUGAUAAGAUUUGCGGACCGAUUUCCGACUUUGCUACCGGGCAGAAUGUCCAACGCAAGGAAUCGCCGACACAGAAGAGACCGCACGGACGCGCAGUACGCAGCGGCAAUGAUGAGGCGACAGCGUGUGCUGCGGGACCGCCUGAACCCCUUUGAGGAUUUCGACGAGGAUGGGCUGCAGCAACGGUUCCGAUUUGGAAGAGCGGGCAUAAUGUUUCUCGCCGACACACUGCGUCCGGACUUGGAGCGCCGUACACGUCGUAGCCGCGCCCUCUCUGCGGAGCAGCAAGUGAUCAUCGCCUUGCAGUUCUACGCAACUGGGAACUUUCUGAUCACUGCAGGCGACUACAUCCGCGUGCAUGUGUCAAGUGCUUCACGGGCUGUGAGGCAAGUCACCGUAGCGCUGGCUCGUCGAGCACAAGACUUCAUACGAUGGCCUGACGCUGCGGAGGGGGCAGCCUUGCAGCACAAGUUCUACGACAUGGCCGGCUUUCCUUUGGUCGUGGGUGCUGUUGACGGUACCCAUGUCCGGAUCCAGGCACCCCAUGUGCACGAGGAGGCGUACGUCAACCGCCAUGGAUACCAUUCCAUCAACGUACAGGUGGUCGUUGACGCCUCUUCUCGGAUUCGCAACGUGGUUGCAAGGUGGCCUGGAAGCACCCACGACUCUCGGAUCUUCACGGAGAGCGCCUUGGCAGUCAAGCUGGCCAGUGGAGAGUACGACGGCCUGCUGCUUGGUGACAGCGGCUACUCCUGUCAACCAUGGCUGAUGACGCCAUUCCUGUCGCCGUCAUCAGCAGCCGAGGUCGCAUACAAUACGGCACACACGACGACAAGAAGCAUUGUUGAACGGACAAUCGGCCAACUCAAGCGGAGGUUCCAUUGCCUUCACGCUGAGCUCCGAAUGGCUCCAGAACGGUGCUGCGACAUCAUUGUCGCGUGCUGUGCCCUCCACAACCUGGCCAAGAGGUACCCCUGCAGGACACCCGUGGCCGCCAUCCCCGCUGAGGUUCCCGUUGAGCCCGUAGCAGCCAACCGUGCUGAGAGCAACGAGGCCCGAGACUUUAUUGUCAACCAUUUCUUCGGCUAAGUAUCCUGCUGUCGCUCGGCCCUUCUCUGGUACUGCUGUGCAGCCUCACGGGUCCAGCGCUGGUUGUGCUGCACAACAGGAGAGGCCAGUGUUCUCUGUGCUGCGUCGUCUUCAACUGUACUGCUGCCAGAUGACGAGGGUGGCGGCGUCGUCACCCUUCCCGUGCAGCUGCUGUAGUGACACGCAUGACCAGGAAAUUGUUUGAGGUUAAAGGGAUACUACAACAAAAUUUCGGGUUUCAUUUUUUGGUCUAUAUGUGUUCGAAGGAGCAGUAUCA